CUGUGCAAGGAAAGGCAGUUCCCGCAGUGUUAGGCUCCGUGAAUAGAAGUGUGAGAUCUGGUGAGAGUUGAGAAUGUGAACCGAGAGAGCAAACUCUCCGAAUUCUCCGUGGUUCUCAAUAUAUCUGGAGAAACCAACUCUACUCCCAGAUGCUGUGUAAAAGAUGCUUUUGUGCUCUGGACCCUGGAAUUAAACUAAAUUAUUUUCACAGGUAAACAGAGGAAACAACUGAACCAUGGGAAGAAUCAAGAAUAUGUGAUAUUAUAUAAAAACCCGAUUUAAUAUUCAGUAAAGUGGAAUAUUCUUCGUACAAAAUAGAUGCUUGCCGGAAAAUUUGUAAGAAAGAAAAUUCUUUAAUUACAAGAAUCGGUUUCAAACAUUAAAAUUGUGCAGUUCUGAGGAGCAUCCUAAAGUGAAGUUUUUUAGCAUAGAAGUUAAUGCAUACAAACUUCCAGAUAGCACUGUAUCCAACUCCAGAAGUAGCUCAUACUGCUAGUUAUUGAUGUUGAUAGGAUAAAUCUCCGGGAAAAAACCAGAACGGAAAGGAGCAAAAUAAACCCUUCAGAACAGAAAGAAGCAAACGGAAACUCCCAGAACGAAACAGAUCCAACGGAAAGGAGCGAAGGAAACCCUCAAGACCAAUAGACAUUAAUGUUCAGAUAUGUUGGAUAUAUUCCGUGGACUAAAAGGUCUAGUGAAACCUCAUGCUACGACUAUAGACUCCAGUAUAUUCAGAUUACAUUACUCUGCUAGUGUAACCUUCCUUCUCGCAUUCUCUCUCAUUGUUACAACUAGGCAGUAUGUUGGAAACCCUAUAGACUGUGUUCAUACUAAAGAUAUCCCUGAAGAUGUAUUAAAUACCUAUUGUUGGAUACACUCCACCUACACUAUACCCAGCGCAUUCUGGAAACGUAUUGGAAUAGAUGUUGCUCAUCCUGGGAUAGAUAAAACUGUAGAUCCAGAGGAGAGAAGAUAUGUCAGAUAUUAUCAAUGGGUUUGCUUCUGCCUUUUCUUCCAGGCUAUCCUGUUCUAUAUACCACGAUGGCUCUGGAAGAACUGGGAAGCUGGGAAGAUAGCAGCGUUGAAGAUGGAUCUUGAUCAAGGAAUUAUAACGGAGUCCGAGAAACGACAGAAAAAGAAACUUCUCCUGGAUUAUCUCUACUCAAACCUCAAGAAUCACAACUUCUGGGCGUAUAGAUACUUCUUUUGUGAAUUCCUUGGUCUUGUCAAUAUUUUUGGUCAAAUGUUUUUAAUGGACAGAUUUUUCGACGGAACAUUCCUGACGUUUGGUAUUGAGGUUAUAUCGUUCGCCGAGCGGGAUCAAGAGGAUAGGAUUGAUCCUAUGGUUUAUAUUUUCCCACGGAUGACAAAGUGCACUUUUCACAAGUUCGGUUCUAGCGGAGAAAUUGAGAAACAUGACGCAAUGUGUAUUCUUCCCUUGAACAUAGUGAAUGAGAAAAUCUAUAUAUUUAUCUGGUUUUGGUUCUUGCUCCUGGGGUUUCUAACAAUCCUAGUUGUAACUUACAGGAUUCUCAUCGUUUUCUCUCCUAGGAUAAGGGCGUAUCUCCUUUAUAUCCGGUUCCGGUUAGUGAAGAAAGAGUGCAUCAAUAUUAUUAUUAAAAAGACAAAGAUGGGAGACUGGUUUCUCCUUUAUAUGCUCGGACAGAACAUUGAUUCCGUCAUAUUCAAGGAGGUUAUUCAUGAGCUAGCCAGGAAGCUGGGAUACCAUAACAAGGAUAUUUACGAGUCAUAAACUACAAUUUUCUGCCAAAAUAUCCAAGUUUAGUUUAAUACAAAUCCAUCAUGUCUCUCUUGUUCAAACAGGAACAGGAAUUGUGCAAUAAAAUGUUUUUGUACAUGAAAAUAAUUUUUGAUUCAGAAACGUGUACGCUGGGUUAUAACAAGUGUACGUCAGACUUAAAAGUGUACAAGCCAAAUCAUUUCUUUGUAGAUGCUGAAAGUUAAACAAAGCUAGAAGAAUUACGUUGAAACCUAGAUAAUACCUUUUCCUCAUGUAGAUGCUCCUUACAUAUCAUUAUUUAGCUGAUUAGCUUAACACCAAGCAUGUAAUCCCUAGUAAAGUCAGUUACCCACAACAACAACAAAAACCAAUAAAUAUUGUCUUAAUGUUUUACGUUUCGCGACUCUGAAAAUCUUUAACACAUUUAAAUUGAUUUAUUUGAAUGUAUUGCAGAUGAAUGUAUUGUCCCCUACAUUGUUAAAAGCAUUUUUCCCAAAGUAGAAAAAAAUCAUACUUCAUAGAAGGACGACCUGUCUACUCUCCUAGUAAACCUGGAUAUACUCCUAGUAUACCUGGAUAUACUCCUAGUAAACCUGGAUAUACUCCUAGUAAACCUGGAUAUACUCCUAGUAUACCUGGAUAUACUCCUAGUAUACCUGGAUGUACUCCUAUUAUACCUGGAUAUACUCCUAGUAUACUUGGAUAUACUCAUAGUAUACCGGGGUAUACUCCUAGUACCUGGAUAUAUUCUUCGUAUACUUGUAGAAAUACUCCUUUACAAAGAUAUACUGAGUCCAGUCCAGUAAAUGUUAACAUAAAUCCUUUCUAAAAUAAUAAACCUGUAAAAUAGAUAAACAGAGAUAUUAUCUGUAAACCAGCCACAGAUUACACAGAAAGUUUGUAAUUAAAUAGGUUCCAAAACCUUGUUCACAAUAACAAUAACCUAUUGACUUAUCUGUGUUAUCUGUGGUGUAAAACAAUGUCUACAGCUUCAUAGAAAUGCAUAGAUUAAAAAUUAUUUUACAUAACUCUAGACACAUUUUAAAUUCAAGCUCUCAACGCCAAAGGAUCUAAAUAUUUCCCUAAAACUCCGAGUUUCUGAAGCUACCCCCAGAUAAGGCUUUAGGACCUCAAGAUACUCGUAAAUUUAGAGGAUUUUGAGCCAAUCCUACGGCUCCAGGGUCGGGAUGGGAGAAAGAAAGACGAUAUAAAAAGUAUAAAAGGGAGAUAUCAUCAGGUUUACAAAAAAAGACAGAGUAGGUUAUUGGUUUUAUCAAUAUUUUUAGGGACAUUGUCUGAUUUAAUGUUUACAAACAUUUUUAUGUUAGCUUUAGAUUAAGAUAUCUUUCCUAGCACAGCAGCUACACAGACGGAGAAACCAAUUUUAUUGAUUAUAAAAUGUUUGUAGCCACAAUAAUAUUUGCCAUCAUCAGCAACAAUAUUUAGUCUAUGGUAAACCGGAUCUUUGCUAACCAACUUUUGUACAUCAUGAAAUUUAUCGAUAAAUGCUUUAAAAACGUCCUGUACUGUACUGUACUGUACUGUACUGUACUGUACUGUACUGUACUGUACUGUACUGUACUGUACUGUACUG